AUGCAAAACUCCUCAAAUACCUGUCCAAAUCAAAUUCCCACAUAUUACACACUUACCCUAACUCUCCUAGCAACUCUAUCAUUUCCAAUUAAUUCCACUGGAGUUUGGCUAGUCUGGUUUCAUUCACCGCAAAUGGGAAAAUUCAAAUUUUGUUUAUUGUAUCUACAGGUACGCGUCUUUCGCAAUAGAGCAACUAUGUAUAUUUUCGGAAAUUUUUUUAGAUCGUAACAUUCAUGACUGAAAAUUGGUUUUCCUACGUAUCCCAUGGCUACUUCUUCUUCCCAAUGAUCGCAGGUUUCAACAAUUCAAAUGUUGCUGGCUUAUCCGCCCACGCUACAAUGAUUAUUUGGGUUUUCAUAUUUUGUUUCGAACUUCCUUCAAUCAUUAUUUGUUUUUUAUAUCGACAUGAUGCUGCGAUAGGAAUCAAUAAUUCCAGAAAUAUUUUGAAAUAUCCGAAUAUGUUUUGCUUAUUUUUCUCUCAUUUAUUACCGAUAUAUACUGCAGGAACUUUGCAUUUGUCGCAAUUGACGUAUGAGCAGAAAUAUUAUUUAUUGAAGACGGUGAGUAUUGGGGUCAGGGGUGGAGAACCUGGCCUCAUGUUGGCUUUGGGUGGUAAGACCCAGGACAGGCUCGCGUACCUAACCUGGCUACCCGACUUGGCCCCCAUUUCUCUGUUAAUUUUUGUUCACGCUAGGACCGGAGGCCAUAUUCAAGCCAUGUUUGAGCCAGGACAGGUUUAAGCCAGCUUACAAGGACCGGACAGCAUGAUGCCAGGACAAUUUCCCCAUCGGGGUCAAAUCUAGCGGUACCGUAGGUAAGAAUUUUCAGAAAUACCCCCAAUGCCUUCAUUUCGUCGACAACAAUUCUUUCGAAAUGUACGAUUGGACCCUCAACCCAUGGAUAGAAAUCUGUGGAAUCGGUGCUUUGACAUUAGUAAUCAUCGUAAGUGCCUAUGGCUCCUGCUUGGUUCUUCAUACAAUGCACAUUCUUCAUAAACUACGUGUUCAUAUGUCUGCUGAAACUUUCAAAAUGCACAAAAAUGCGUUGAUAAGUUUAUCAAUGCAAUGUGUGAUUCCAUCGACACUUCUGAUUUUCCCAAUGUAUUCCUUGUUUUUGAUUGUCGCUUAUCAGAUCGAAGAGUUUCAUGGUGACUUGAAUUGAAAUUUUUGAGAAUUUCCAGGGAAGAUUCAGAAUUAUUUGCAGAAUACUCAAAUUGCGCAUUUUUCGCAAUCUGCUCUCAUUCUUGUGUCUCAACAAUUGUUAUGAUAACAACAAAUUCCAGAUAUUUAUCAACAUUGAAUAAUGGAUUACGGUAAGGUUUCUGAGUUAGGAUAACUUAAUUUAUGUAAUAUCUUUAGGUCUAUUCUACACCUUCGGAUAUCUACAAAUGGGAGAGAGCAAGCAUCAAUAAGUGUGCCAAGAACUAUUGUAUUUUGA